AUGGACCAAUUGCAGGGUGGUAAAAUUAGCCCGGGAGAUCAAAAAGAAAUGUGUGACUCUAAACUGGCAAAAAAGUAUUUGACUCGGCCGAGACUCGAACUCAGGACCUUCAGUGUACCCAACACACUCAUUCCAGGUAAUUCGAAACGUCCCGACGAAUUUUCAGGGUGGGGUAAGGAAAUCGCGAGCAGAGCCCUGAGAGAAUUUGCUCUGGCGGUGUGGGAGGGCGGCACACUCUCGAGCAGAAACCACAUUCCACAUUUAACUCAGGACGAUGCACUUCGUUCUUGCCUUUGGCACACUUGGCGCUGCCCAAGCGCGCCGAGUAUGUUCAGAGAUAUCGCCGCAUCCGAAGCCUUUAACUUCGAGGCUCUCACACUUCGUCUAAAUUAUUCCCGCUACAGCCGCUUACGCAUGGGAAUUUCGGAUGCUAUCCGGGAUUGGACGCAUGAGGUCUCGUCCCAUGCCAAAGGUGUUGCCACUUCUCAGAAUUGUGAGAUGAAUUCCUAUACUCUUGGGAUUUAUUUUGGAAGUUCCUGGGUAUGCUUCUUCCCGCCCGCUUUCUCAAGGAAAAACCCUGGUCAUCAGCAAGCAUCCAACGGAGCGUUGCAUAUCCUAGUCCAACCCAUCGGUCCAUCGCACCCUCUCUUCGCACGCUGGAUUUGGGGAUAUUUAACCAAGCCAAGCCACUACCUACUAAGGUUCCACAUCAAUACAACACUCUUCCGUGCACCACCUCUCAGGCUUACGGAUAUAAAUCAAACAAGUGGACCCUGGCAGCGCUUCUCAUCGCCUUCUAAGGAGCGCAUGGACACAUGCCUUCUCCAUAUCUUUCGGCUGGGAGUAAAAAGUUACUCUCGACAAGUUAAGCGGCCCGGCAUCAGGCAUCGACGUUGUCCACAAUUCGGUUUCUGGGCACAUCCUGAUGAUAGUAGAGCUAAAUUGAGGGCAUCUUCGGCUUCCAACGGGCCGUACUACGGUCCGUACAAAGUGAACCGUAACGGUCACGUGUUCAGUACGAACGUACCGAGUUCUUACGAUACGUACACCUACCUCUCCUCCUCCCUAUCGUACGAACGUACACAAAAUCUCACCCGUACAGGCCUCAAAAUCGCCCAAUCGUACAGUACUACGCCUCAAGAGGCCGGAACAGAGUUAUCCAGUAUUUACGCGUUGGGAAUCCCAUUUCGCGUCACAUUGUGGCCUAUCCCGGGGAGACCUAGUCUUCUAGAGCAUCGGGCAGUCCUGCUAUGCACCAGAAUCAAGGUCAUGAACAUCGGCGGCUCCAUCUCCUAUGGCUUUGGAGGUAACUAUACUUUGCGAUACCAUCUAUUUCAAUGGUGUCAAUCCAACAACCCCAUAUAUCCGUACUACUCCUCACAAUGCCACCGCCCAUCGCCUCCACACCUUCCAAGAGCACUAGAGCUAAUAUCCCAACUUCGACUCCAACCACUUUGCGGUAUGGAGUCACCGGCGGUCCAAGACAAAAACUUGAUCAACGGAAUCGUGACAACCUACAUGCCCGGUUGCUUGCUCAUUCAACUUGUUUUCAAUGAUUCAAAAUGUCUCUUUAGUGAGCCUAAUGGCACGUUUGACAGCAUGAAGAAGCUGGUGGCCAAUAAUUGCACUGCGAAACCUAACAUAAAGUUUAUCGUUACAACCCCUCGCAAUGCCAAUAGCGCGAGUGGUGUUCUCAAACGGGCAGCGAUCUCACUGGUGGAUGGUGCUAUGGAAUCUAUUUCCUAUUUCCCGGCGCAACGAAUCACGGAUUCUGCCAAAAUACAUUUGCUUGACGGGUUCCCAUGUCAUCAGUUCCGUGCGGGAGGAGACAUCUUGCACCAACCUCAAUCCCACCGCUACCUUCCUUUUCGCCUAUCCAAUAGUCACCACUCUCUACUGCUAUUUCUGAUCCCAACCCGGCGGCCUCCACAUAUCUCAAACCCCGCCUGCGCUUCCACAGUUUCGUCUUCGGUAUAUCCAGCUAAACCUACGGAUGCUCCUAGUAUUGUCCCUAUUGGAACCAAUACAUAUUUCCACAUUCAAAAACCCUGUUAUAGUGACAAGAUUGUCGACCACAACCGAGGAUAUGCGAACAAGGGUGCCUUCUACGAACAGGGUUACAGGGACAUGAGAGAUAACGCAGGCCUUGUCACUCAGCAGCAUGCUGCCAAAUUCGUCGAACCAGGUCUCCUACAAGAGGCCUGGGCAACAAGACCGUUGACAUCUACUCAUAUAGCAUCUAUUUAG